GUUGGCUAAGCUGCCUUCCCUUCUCAAGAUGGCAGUUCCUGGAUUUACCUUUGAUGCCUUCAUACUACUGUUGCACAUUAGUUCUGUGGCUAAUUAUCCCAAUGGAAAAGUAACAGAGUCCUGUGAUGGAAUGGUUCCUCAACACGGGUAUACUUCGCUCUCUGAUCCUGCUUACAACAUUUCAGUGAGUCAGAUGACAUUUAGACCAGGAAAUCAGAUUAAAGUUACUUUGUCAGGGCUGCCAUUUAAAGGCUUUCUCAUAGAAGCACGUGAUGCUGAGGAUCUGAGUGGCCCUCCUAUUGGCUCCUUCACACUUAUUGACAGUCAAGUGUCACAGCUUCUGACUUGUGAAGAUAUAAAGGGGUCAGCUGUGAGUCACACAAAUCCAUCCAAAAAAACAGUAAUUAAAGUCUACUGGAAUGCUCCAAGCACUGCCCCAAAUCAUAUACGGUUUCUAGUCACAGUUGUUCAGAAGUAUAAAAUCUACUGGGUGAAGAUUCCUGGUCCUACAAUUUCACAACCAAACUCACUUCCUUUUACAACACCUGAAGCUACGAUAGCCCCUUUGUCAACGUUACCUCCAGUCUCCCAUUUAACCAAAUCGUUCAGUGCUUCAGACUGUGGGAACAAGAAGUUCUGUAUUAGGAGUCCUUUGAAUUGUGACCCAGAGAAGGAGCAUGCCUGUGCCUUCUUGUCCUUCACACGACAUAACCAAUCAGUGAUGGUUGAAAUGAGUGGUCCCAGUAAUGGCUAUUUAUCCUUUGCAUUUUCUCACGACAGAUGGAUGGGUGAUGAUGAUGCUUAUGUGUGUAUUCGUGAAGGUGAGACUGUGCACAUAAAACCUUCCCAUCUGAUGGGGCGAAGCCACCCUGUGAUGGACUCUGGGGAUGCUCUUAAGGAUAUGGCCUGGAGGCUGGUGGACGGUGUUAUGCAGUGUUCCUUUAGAAGAAAUAUUACCCUUCCUGGGGUUAAGAAUAGAUUUAAUCUAAAUACAAGCUACUAUAUUUUCCUAGCAGCUGGUGCAGCUGUUGAUGGUCGUAUUUAUAAGCAUUUUCAGCAGCCUUUGAUUACUUAUGGAAAACAUGAUGUGACAGCCUAUCCAGAGAACAUAGGAGGAUCCCGUUCUUUACUCGUUCUGAAGGCUCAUGGUGCCUUAAUGUUUGUGGCAUGGAUGACUACUGUUAGCAUAGGAGUACUCAUUGCUCGGUUCUUCAAACCUGUUUUGUCAGAGGCUUUCUUUGGUGAAGCAGCUUGGUUUCAGAUCCAUCGGAUGCUCAUGUUCACUACUACUGCCCUCACCUGCAUUGCUUUUGCUCUGCCAUUUAUUUACAGGGGUGGCUGGAGUUGGUAUGCAGGUUAUCACCCGUAUCUUGGUUGUGUUGUGAUGAUUUUAGCAGUUCUUCAGCCUCUUUUGGCAGCCUUCCGGCCACCUGUAUAUGACCCAAGAAGGCAAAUGUUUAACUGGACUCACUGGAGUAUGGGAACAGCUGCUAGAAUAAUAGCAGUGGCAGCAAUGUUCCUGGGAAUGGAUUUACCAGGACUGUGUCUUCCUGGCCCAUGGAAAACCUAUGCAAUGAUUGGAUUUGUAGCUUGGCAUGUUGGGACUGAGAUUCUUCUGGAGAUACAUACUUACCGACUCUCUCGGAAAGUUGAGAUACUGGAUGAUGAUAGAGUUCAGAUCCUUCAGUCAUUUACUGUAGCUGAAACACAAGGUCAUGCUUUUAAAAAGGUGGUGUUAGCAGUUUAUGUCUGUGGGAAUGUGACUUUUCUCAUUAUAUUCUUAUCUGCAAUCAACCAUCUAUGAGCAAGCAAAGACCUUGGCUUUGCAAAUAGGUGAUAAUUAUCAUCAAGCCAAAGCAACUUAAAGCCUGUACUGACUGCCUGGAGUAUAUUCAUGAAUUCUAAUUUGGAUGACCAGACCAUGUCUAUAGAUGGAUUUUGAAGUCUGGUUCUUUGGAGAUCAACAUUCAACAGGGUCCUAUAGACUAUGAACUAAUGUCAAGCUCUUAUGUAUCAAGGGAAGGUUGUACUUGUGGAGAAAUGACUCUCAAAUAUUUUUUACACUGAGAUUUUAAGAAUGUUAGCAUUUCAUGACGAACUAUUUGGAAAAACAGCAAAGAUGUCAAUAGGACAAAAUGGAGAUUGUAUUAAGUAAAUGUAUUUUGGAAUGUAAAAGGUGCUAUGGUACUUCAAAGAAAAAAUUACUUUUUAAAUUUUUUACUACUUUUUUUUAUCUAAUGGUCUUUCUUAGGACUUUUGAGAAGCUACAUUUUUGAGUAUUCUGUAUAUUUUGUUACUUCUCAGGUAAGGGUGAAAGUGAGGCCAACUCCAUUUCAUUAACAUUUAAAUAUAUUAUGAAUAUUAUAAUUUUUUAACAAUGAAAUGCAAGUGUGCAAUGUCUGCUUAAGACUUUAUAUAUUCAGCUACAGAGCUGCAAUGGCAUUUUAUAUGUUAAUUGUUUUGACUGUAAGAUUUAAGUCCUAGCCUUUGGAAAUUACAGGCCUGCAUUUCAAAAUUAAUAAAAUUCACCCUUAUGAAUAUAUUUAAGUUAUUCUCUUUCUUUGUAGUAAUAAAUACUAUGGUGGUUCUCUUUUGUUAGAAGUUCCUGAUGCUGUAAUGAAUUGGAAUAAUCAGUGUUAUUUUCCUACCUAUUCCAGUAAAUUCUGUUUUCCUGUUGGGUCUCCCAUUUGCUAUGAGGACUUCUAGCCAAUGGGUGGCACCACAAUAUCAAAGUACUGCUUUGUUCUUGUUCCCUUGUGCUGUGAUUUCAUUUUUAGUACUUAAGAUAGUAUCAAGGGUGACAUUUUCUUUAAGAUCCACCAACUCUUAAUCUUUUUUUGAAAAAUUCCUGCCUUUUUUUUUUCGAUGGGAGCUGGAUGUCAGGGUUAUCGGUUAGAAACUGAAAUUAGGGACUAAUGUUAUUUUCUGGUUUCAUUUCUGUAUGUUUUGUAGCCAUGAUUCUUUGUAACAUACCUUUGACCCUGUAACAAAUGAAUACAACUAUCUUAAGCAAGGAAAAAGCAAAACAGGACAUUCUUAAAAUAAAAAUUUUAGGGAGGCCUAUUUUAUUUUUUUAGGUGUACUUUCUGAUUGUUAUAGUUUCUGCUGGAUCAAGGGCCUAAUUUCUGUCUGGUGUAAAUAAUAGCCUUGGCUGUGUAUUUAAUCUUACUGGGCAAAAUGAUAUGAAAGUUUUGUUUCUUCUCCUUAUGUAGGUAUUUAUAAUAAGUAGCUUAGGAUUGAGAUGUGAACUUUCUGUGUUCAAGUUCUAAAAGUGCCAGGCUACUUAUAUUCUAAAUUUUCUUUCUGAAUGUAUUUAUUUAAAAAAGAAAAUUAAAUGUGUACUAAAAUAUUUUUCUCCAGUUUUCAAUUAUAGGGGGUUAAAGAUUAGUAAAUUUCUCUUAAUAAAUUAAGAAAUUUGAUAUUUGAUUAAAAAUAAAUUUGAUAUUUGACAAAGAAAGAUUAUUUUAAGGAGAUGAGCCUUGGUGUGAUUGGUUUUCAAAUACAUGAACUUUCUGGAUUUCCAGUGCUUAGGCUAAGAUAUUUUAACUUUUUCUUUUUCCAGAAUUCAUCUGUUAGUACAGUUUUGAUAUAUUAUCAGCUGAUAUGCAGAGUUGUCUAAAAAGUCUUUGUCAUUUGUCUUUGUCAAAUCUUAGCAGACCAAAACUUUUCAUUAAUAUCAAAUUAUGAUUCUUCUGCUUAAGAGUGGUUGAUAUCCACAGAUUGAAAAUGCAUAUUCUUCACUCCUGUCAAUUUUUCUUCUUGUUUUUUAAAUAAACAAUCUGGGUUUUUUUUUGUUGUUUGUUUCUUUUGCUAGAAGUAAUAGUUAACUAAAUGCCUUUAUGUCUUCAGCAUUGUUGCCCUAAAUAGUGAGCAAAGAUCAUAAGUUUUCUUCUUGCAGAUGGGUUCCUCUAUAAAAUAAAAAUAAACAUGUUUUUUGGAAAAAAUGGAACAAAUUCUAGAAAAUUAUAAUUCAAGUAGCAUUAAUAACUGAAGCUAUUUUUGUUUUUAUUAUUUUCUGGUCUAUGGAGAUUAAUCUUAAAUUCACAGGUAGCCUAUGGCAUAGAUUAUCAGAUAAAUGAACCAAAUUCACUUUAGUGCUUACUUGAUUUUUAUCAGGAUUUUUGGCUGUAAUGUGUUUUAAGUGAUAGUUGUCCCUUCCACAUCCUGCUCCCAUCCAGGAUGCAGUGGCGAAAGACAGAUGCAGCAGAUGCCAGCUGGGAGGGUCUAGGGGCACAUGUAGCUUUUGGUUGAAUUCUUUUUAUCUGUGUACUCUGGUUAAACAGGGCAAAAAGAAAAAGAACAAAGGUCCUUGUUUAAGAUAGUUCAUUAUAAAUGGAAAUGAAAGAAAGUGUUCUAAGUUCUUUGUAAAACUGGUUAGGAUACAUGCUGUCCCUACCCAUAUCUUGCUUCUUUUCUCCUUGCCUAGUAUCCACCAAGUUCAUCUGUGCAUCCAGGUGACUUAUGGUUGUCUGCCUAGAAUGCCCUUUCUGUGCCUCUGUUCCUGCCAAAAGCUAGUUUGUUAGGUUCUUGUCCUUGGAGCCUUAUUUGACUCUCCCUUCUGCUCUCUCCCCACCCUGCCCAUCCUCAUAAAUGUGGUGGUGUAUGUCAGAGUGCAGGGAAUGGAGUUGGAAGACCUGACUAUGCAUGUUGGAUUUAUAAGCUGCAUGUCCUUGGGCAAGCCAGUUACCUUCUGUGAGCCUUACUCCUUCACUGGUAAAGUCCAUCUUGUGGGGCAGUUGUGAGGAAUGAACAAAGUGAUGUCAGCAAAAUGUGCUUUGUGCAUGUUGUUGAUGAUAUGGUUGCUGUUUGAUUAAACUUUCAUAGUUUUUACAUGUAAAA